AUGGAAGUUCUCCUGUGCGACGACCAUCAUCGGCCGGGUUCUGGGUUCUGGGUAUGGUUCAAGACUGCCAUUCCUCUGGAUACAUCCAAGCGUCACACUGCCAAGGAUAGGCCCCCUGAGAUAAGUGGAAAGGGAGGAUGCCCCAUCACCACCGAGCAGAAUCUUCGGAAGUCACCCGAUCACCACGAGGCUCUGGGCUUUUUGACCAGCAACUUACUUCUGGCACUGUUUUCCGGAAUAAUCGCGGACACACUUCGCAGGAUCAGUUUAUCCGCACCCAAAUAUGCCAGAAGGUCCGACCGAAAGGCCCGGCCAAAAGAAGGCCUGAGGAGGGCUUGGGAAAUAGCCCAGCAGCUUUCGAUGGCAGCGGCCGGCCGACGGCGACCCGUCGCUCCGACUAGUUUAAGACCGUCCAGUCCCGGUUACGACCGCUGGCUACGGAGCUCGGUGUCGUGCUAA